AUGGCUCAUCAGCUGAACACUGAUUACUUGAGGCGAAAACUGCUGAAUCCACAGAGUCACUCGGACGAUGAGACUCAUAGUAUAGGAUCAGCACCGCCAUCCGGCGUCGCCACACCUCACCCCGACCCAACUGACAAACGAUUGCCCGGAAUAUUGCACAGCUAUUUUGGACAGAAUACCCCUCCACUGAGCCCACGAGCGCUGUCGAACGAUGACUCAGAGUCAGUCAGACAAACCCCACCUACCACGGAUCAGGGCAAUGAAAAGUCCAUCGUGAAUGGAGCUACCGCAGCGCCGACACCUCGGUCAUCGCCCCCUGUCGGUCCUCCGAAAGGAAAAUUAUCAGUAACAAUAGCAGGCGCUCGGGGUUUAAGCCCCAGUUUCAAUCCAUAUGCUGUUUGCGCCUUCGAAGAGAUCGAGUCGAUUGCCACCGGCUAUAGGCAUGGAGACGCGGAAACAAAACCCGGGGCAAGAAGCAGAGACCAGUCUGCUGGUGGUGUUCCAAUUAAAGCACCCAAUGGCGAAAUGGGCAGGUCCAUGGCGAUCCCGAUGAAGAGUCGGCAAAGUAGCACGACAAGUCUCAAAGACCAAAAGGAGUUCAAGAAUGGUAGAAUCACUGAUCCCAUAUGGAAUCAUGAGGCGCUUUUUGAUGUCCUUGGGAAACAUUCCGAGGUGAGCAUCAACGUUUACGACAGUGGGAAUCACGAAGCGUUUCUGGGCCUCGUGAAGGUCAAUCCGGACGUAUUCCAUGGGAAUAAAAGAGUAGAGGGUUGGUACAGACUGGAAGCUCGGGACCCCGAAGAAGAUCAUGUCUCUGGCGAGGUCCACCUCGACUUUUCUUUUCAGAAAACGGAUAAGACAAAGUUCGGACCCGAGGAUUUCCAGAUAUUGAAACUGAUAGGCAAAGGUACCUUUGGCCAAGUUUUUCAGGUGGUGAAGAAGGAUACUGGGCGUAUCUAUGCUAUGAAGGUCCUUUCAAAGAAGGUUAUCGUGCAGAAGAAAGAGGUGGCUCACACACUUGGGGAGCGCAACAUCCUAGUCCGCACAGCAACAGCUAAUUCCCAAUUCAUUGUCGGACUCAAAUUCUCCUUCCAGACUCCUACCGACCUUUACCUUGUUACGGGUUUCAUGUCCGGCGGUGAAUUGUUCUAUCAUCUCCAAAAGGAGGGCAGAUUUGACGAAGGCCGCGCAAAGUUCUACAUUGCCGAGCUCAUCCUGGCUCUUCAGCAUCUACACCAAUACGACAUUGUAUACCGCGAUUUGAAACCGGAAAAUAUAUUGCUUGAUGCGAAUGGACACAUCUCACUUUGCGAUUUCGGUCUGUCAAAGGCCAACCUUACCAAGGACCAGACCACCAAUACCUUCUGUGGAACUACAGAAUACCUGGCUCCAGAGGUAUUGCUCGACGAAGCAGGAUACACCACAAUGGUGGAUUUCUGGUCCCUUGGUGUGUUGGUAUUCGAGAUGGUCUGUGGAUGGAGUCCAUUCUAUGCCGACGAUACGCAGCAAAUGUAUAAGAACAUUGCGUUUGGCAAGGUCCGCUUUCCCAAGGAUGCUCUGAGCACAGAGGGAAGGAAUUUUGUCAAGGGCCUGCUCAAUCGAAACCCGAAACACCGACUAGGCGCAAAGAGAGACGCGGACGAGCUCAAGGAGCAUAUCUUCUUUGCAGAUACUGACUGGAACGCAAUGAUGAACAAAAUGGUCGUGCCGCCCUUCAAGCCCAAGCUUAAAAACAUACGCGAUGUGUCCAACUUCGACCCGGAAUUUACCAAUGCCCUACAGAACUCUUCUUCACUGAACGAGCGUGCAGCAGCGCUAGCUGCUGGUGCCAUGCCGGCCUCGACUCCGCUCUCACCAGGCAUGCAGGCGAACUUCAAGGGCUUCACUUUUGUCGAUGAGAGUACCAUGGACGAACAAUUCAAAGGUCAAGAUCUGGAGACGAUGGAUGAGGAUAUGGAGGAUGAUGAUGGCUGGACACAGCUGCCCAGCACGAAAACUGAUCGAGGGGACCGCAUGAGUGGGAUCAUCAAGACCACGUCUAACGAUGAUGGAGUUUUCAACAAUGGCCAUUUCGACAUGUAA